AUGAGAUUCCAGAGCUCAGAAGAUGAGUCUUCUUCAAGUUCUGAUGAAAAAAAAAAAAAGUUUUCGAGGUAGCUGAGGUAGAAAAAGGAUACAGGCUCGUUGAUCUAAAGAGCUUCUCUUCUGUGCUCUCAACUUUACACAAAUGCGAAGAAGGUGAGAAAAAUAUCACACAUCAUAAAUAUGCUUUUCAGCCCCUUGAACCUAAAGAAAAAAACGAUAGUUAGAAUUAUUUGCAGAAAAGGAGUUUUAUUAUUGUUUAAUCAUUUUUUUCUGAUCUUUCUUCACUGCAACACUUGUACACAUUUAUGGAGGUGUGAACUAAUGCUCCAACAUUGUGGUUCUGUUUGGUUCAGUAACUAUAGCUAAUAGCAUCCUUUUCCGUCAUGUUUUUAAUAUAGGAGACCUUACUAUUGAAGAAAAUACCGCUAGCCGUUAUGGACUGAUGUCAGAUCUCUCCAUUCACUGCAAUUCUUGUGAUGAAAGUACUCCUUGGCAGACAUCACCCAACCUUGCCAAGAAAGGCAAAUCAUUUGAUGUCAACCGGAGAGCUGUCUACCACUCAAUAGAAACUGGAAGUGGCUACGACGGACUCUCUUCUUUCUGUGCGAUAAUGAACAUGCCUUGUUUGUCAAGAGCUGCUUACUACAAGCAAGUUGAUGUAAUUUUGGAAGCACUGGAAAGUGAAGCAAAAGAAGAACUAAAAGGUGCAGGCCAAAGGCUCCGAAAGCUAAUCAUGGAGGAAAAUGGCAUCUCAGACAGCACCACAAUAAUUGAUGCUGCUGUUAGCUUUGAUGGCACUUGGGCCAAAAGAGGUUUCACAUCACUAACAGGUGUUGUUUUCGUCAUCUCAAUUGACACAGGAGAAGUUUUAGACUAUCACGUGAUGUCUAAAUCUUGCCGUAAGUGCUCCCUAAAGAACUCACAAUGUGAAGGGAAUGUGGAAGAGUUUGAAGAAUGGAGGAGGGAGCAUGUUGCAUCUGGAGAUUGUGACAUCAACUUCGAAGGAAGUUCACCUGCUAUGGAAGCAGAAGGAGCUUCUGUUCUUUGGAAUAGAUCCAUCGAACUUCAUAACAUGAGGUACAAAUGGAUGGUGUCAGACGGGGACAGUAAGGCCUUUAACACUGUUCAACAUGCCUAUGAUGACUGUGAAGUUAUUAAACUGGAUUGUGUAGGCCAUGUGCAGAAAAGGAUGGGCAAACAUUUAAUGAAUUUGAAGGCAUGCAGUAAGGGUAAACUUGCUGAUGGAAAACCUAUAGGAGGGCGUGGCCGGCUUACAGAAGGAAAGAUCAAGCAGCUUCAAAGGUACUAUGGCCUAGCAAUCCGGCAAAACACCUUGACCAAGGCAAAUCCCUCUGAACGGGAGGUUGACAUUGCAGUUUAUGCUAUGAAAAAAAAUAUUAUUGCCAUUCUCCAUCACUGUGUAAAUUCAACUGACAAUGCUAAACAACACCGCUUCUGUCCACCAGGUGAUUCAUCAUGGUGCAAAUGGCAACAGGACCAGGCAACAGGAACCAGUACCUACAAAGGAGAUGACUGUUUGCCCGAAGUCUUCGUGGAGACUCUAAAACCCACAUUUGUGUCAUUAAGUGACAGUAAACUUUUAGAAAGAUGUGUACGAGGAAAAACCCAGAACCCAAAUGAAAGCAUCAACGCAAUGGUUUGGGUCCGGUGUCCCAAACAUAAACACCAUGGAGUGAAAGUUGUCCGGUGUGCUGCUGCGUCUGCAGUCUGCCACUUCCACAGAGGUGCAGAAAGCAGAGAAAGAUUGAUGGAAAGGCUUUCAAUUCCUGGAGGUGCAUUUACUGAGGAUGCAUUUCGACUAAGAGAUAAUUCAAGGCUUCGGAAAGCUGAUAAGCAGGCAACGGCCAAGGAGAAGAAGCGCCGGCAGGGAUUGCAGCUUAUCCGUACUCAAAGAGAAGCGGCUCUUCGUGAAAAAGAAGAUGUUUCAUAUGAAGCUGGGGCAUUCUAA